AUGUUGAUGCCUACCGGUGCCGAUGCUGGGGCGCUUCUUCUUGCCGAAUACGUCGCGGUUCGCAGCAAGAUCAAGCUCCUGAGCUCCACGUCCAUGGGCAAAACCAACUCGGUGUGGCAGACGAGCGCCAGCGGCAGCGCACCUGGCCAGCCCCUCUCGUUCGCGGACGCCGUCCGGAUGACCUUCUGCCACCGCGUGACGAAGGAGAAGGUCAAAGGGUUGGUGCCCGAGGACCCGCUGGUCCAGGAAACCAAGCGAUUCGUGCGAGCCGUGGCCCCCAAGAAACUGCCAGAGUGGGUGGUGCUCGGUACGGUGUGCGUGGGCUUGGUGACGCGUUGCGUUCCUUGGAUGCGGCACGCUGCGGCGUUUUUCUUGAACUCCCGGGCGGUGGACAUUUUCGAGCUCGUUUCCACGUUCAACGGGGGCGAGCAGAUGUCCGGCAUGGCCCUCGAGUUCACGAGCCUCCGCUUUGUCCCCCGCCGAUGCCUCAAGAGUGGGAGUUGCCUUGUCCCAACCAGGGACGUCAACAAGAUUACUUCCAGCACUGUGCUCGGUUUCUUCAAAGCAUUCAGGGGCGCCUCGUACGAGCUGCCUCUGACCAGGCAGGGCGUCAUCGACCUGGUGGCGCAGGUCUUCCCCAGGAGUUGGAGGCUCAAUGUCUCCCACUUCCUGCGCUGGCUGGCCCUGCUGGGCUUCGCGACGUCCGCGGCCAGCGACGAGGGCGACGACAGGCGGGGGAAGCUUUGA